AAGUCAGCAAAACAAAGGCAUAUUCCUCUUCUCUUCAUAAGCCUUAAUUUCUAAAAAUUCAGAUUCAAGCAUCUCCAUGGCUAUCCACAAGAUCCUCUUCACUUCACUUCUAAUCUGCUUACUCUUCCAAAUUAGUCAUGGUGCUACCAAAGAAAGGCUCUUCUCUGACCUGGAGAAAGGUGCACUUGAGGUCACCGCAAAACCCAGCCGAGAAGGCGUUUUGGAUGCCGGAAUUGACAAGUUGAGCAUUACAUGGAAGCUAAGUUCGACAGCUACAAAAGAGGCUGAAUUUAAGACCAUCAAAGUAAAGCUAUGCUACGCUCCGGUCAGCCAAGUUGAUCGACCAUGGCGCAAGACCGAAAAUGAGCUCUUCAAGGACAAAAGCUGCCCACACAAAAUCAUUACCAGGCCCUAUGAUAAAUCCCCUCAAUCAUUCGAAUACACCCUCGAACGCGACAUCCCUACUGGGACCUACUUUGUUCGUGCCUACGCAGUUGAUGCCAAAGACCAUGAAGUUGCCUUUGGACAGAGCACGGACGAGCCCAAGUCAAUCAAUCUCUUCAGCGUUCAGGCUAUCAGUGGUCGCCACAAGUCCCUGGAUAUUGCCUCCGUCUGCUUCAGCGUCUUCUCCGUCUUGGCUCUUCUCGUCUUCUUUGUCAAUGAGAAGAGGAAAGCCAAGAUAGAGCAGAGCAAAUGAGUCGUUUACUUUACGCAAUUGCGACGUUGAGCAAAAGGCGUUGACUUUAAAUUUUCUUUUCUUUUAUCAGUUUGCUUGUUUUGUUGCUUACUUCUGUUUCCUAUGUACUUUUAUUUACAUAUUUGUAUCAUUAUAUAAGCCAUUCAUAUGGAGCCAAAAAAUAAUCCUACGGUGGUGAUGUGUUGUGUGCUUUCUAUAUAUUUAGUACUCUUUUUUGAUAUAUUCAUAUACACUGUUCAAAAAGAUUGAUAUUUGUUUUUUAUUAUGGUAGAAGUAAAAUGAGUCA